AUGAGUGCUCCAAAUGAAUUUCUUUGGUUGGGUAAACUCUUUUUGUUCAGAUUAAACAACAAAGUCGUUGACACCUAUGAAUCUUGUAAGAAGAAGAUUUUGGAGAAGGUCAACAACAAGAAAGUCAAGAAGGUUGACGUUGAAGAGGUUGAGGUUCAAGAGCCAACCACAAUCAUUCAUGUAAGAAUGCAGAUUACUAAGACAACCUGUCCAAUUUGUGGAGAUCGUUUUCAAGUUUUGGCUCAUUUUCGGGAGCGACUCCAAGCAACCGGCGGAGCGGAAAAUUAG